AUGUUCAGCGCCUCAUUUGCGCUCGUCACGCUCGUGCUCUUCGUCCCCGUCACGCUCGUGGCGCUCUUGUUCAUUUGUUUUCGAGCUGGAAUCGAUCCUGACAACACGCGACGAGGAGCUCCGCACACUCUUUCGCAUCGGACCUUCCUCCUCGCGCACGUUUUCGCUGGGAACGAGGAAUCCGGUUUACUCGAACGACGUCGAGGCAAUAACGACCUCGUGCGGCUCUUUUACCGCUUCUGGCUGCCGAAACAUCUCUCUUCUGCUGCCGAUGCCAAGGCGGUGGUCGUCGUGCUCCACGGCGUGAACUCGCACAGUGCGCGCAACAACAAGUUCAUGGUCGAGGUCCUGCAGCACGGCUUCCUUGUCGCAGGUAUCGACCACGAGGGCAUGGGACGCAGUGAUGGCCGACACGGAUACUUCUCCAGUGUCCACACGCUCGCGGACGACGCGAUUGCGUUCGUGGCGCUCGUGAAGGACAAAUAUCCGGGCAAGAAAGUGUUUCUGCUUGGCGCAUCGCUUGGCGGCCUGGUCGUCCUGCAUGCACUUAGUAAAGGCGGUCCGAAGCUCGUGGAUGGUGCGGUCAUUUUGUGUCCAGCUACCGAGAUCCAUAAGGCCUCGCGGCCGUCUUUUGUCAUGGAAACUAUUGGCAGGAUGCUGCAUGUUUAUAUGCCAAAGUUGCCGCUUGUGACGGCCAACAGCGGCCAUAACAACUCGCCGGAAGUCGCGGCACUUGCAACUGCAGAUAAGCAUGCGGAUCCUCUGUACUAUCCCGGCAAGAUGCGCAUUGGUACGGGACUAGCUCUUCUUGAAGGUAUUAAGAGCAUUCAAGACAAGCUCGAGUUGAUUGAGACACCGUAUCUGCUGCAGCACGGCAUGGAAGACAGGGCUUGCAGUGUCACGGGUUCAGCGGCACUUCACUUAAAGACGCGCAGUGCCGACAAGACAUUCAAGACGUACGAAGGAGCGCACCAUGAUCUAGCCAGCGAGCCACCUCGCAUCCGUGAUGCAGUGGUGCGCGACUUUGUGGCUUGGUUAGAAGACCGUGCCAAGCCGUAG